CUUGGAUAUCGAUUGAUGCUUUGGGUUCUCUCCGAGCUAUAUCUGGUGGAGCUUGACGUUGUUCCCUUCUCUAUACAUACCCCGCGUCCAAGUUCCUUCCUCCUCUCCCUUACAUCUAUUACCUCCCCCUGCCUACGCGUUUGAGCUGAUCCUCCUUCUCUACUGCCCAGAACGAACACGAUCAUCGGCUAGGACAGCUUCAACUCGCCAUCUCCAACAGCCAUGUACGCUCCCCGCCGAUCCCACAGCCGAGCUCCCUCUCCUAUGCCCAUCGGGCCGCCGAUGCCCUCGACAACACCAACCUACGCCGUCCCCCUCCCAUCCGCACCAAUGCCCACCGGCGAUGCCAUGAUGAACGCGAUGCACACCAUGGGCACUAUGCCUGGCGCCAUGGGGGGAGCAGGACACACCCUCCGCCGGCCCCCGAGCCAAGCCGAGUUCAAAGUCGAAAAAGUCGCCCGCCCGCCGUCGUCGAUGGCGAACCGCUACAGCCCGCAGAACGUGAACGCCAAUGCGGAGGUGUACUUUGAUGAGAAUGUGUAUAGGCAGAAGGUGGCGGCGCUUGUUGCGGCCAAGGACCGCCCUGCGUUUGCGACGACUGGGUAUGUGUUUGUUGAGCCUGGGCAGGUUGUGUUGUUCUUUAGGUCCAAGAGUGGUAUCACGCAAUCUCUCGACUUUCCUAUCGACGUGGAGUACAACUCCCCACCCGCGCUCGACGUCCUAGUCGCCGCCUGCAGACCACACCAGACUUCAGACUACAACGGCUACAUGGACCGCGAAUCCCUCUUCUACCCACCCACGCUCCCGCUCACCACCUCCCUCGAGAUCUCCAACUUCCCCAUCCUCGACGCGGUCAAGAACGCCCUGUUCCCGAACCUCCCGACGGGCCACUACCUCACCGCCGUCAAGGACAAACUCGAGGUGCUGCUCGAUGGCGGGAGGCUGGAGCGGCAGAUCGCGCACCUGCGGAACGACGGGCGGGCGGCGACGAUCCUGCUCACCCUGCCCGUGCGGUUCCAGGGCGGCGCCGUCGUCGUGCGCGAGCCGAUCUCGGGCAUGCAGGAGCGGUUCGUGAGCAAGACGCACCCGUCCCCGCCUGGCACCGCCGCGCGCGAGAGCCUCGAGUGGGUCGCGUUCCUCGCCAACUGCGACUACGAGACGGAGAUUGUGGAUAAGGGGUAUAGGGUGAUGAUGUCGUAUGGGGUGUAUGUGAAGAACUUUAGUGCGGAUGGAGCUGUGAGGUUUGAUUCGCUUUCGAUCCCGACGGAUGCGUUCUUUGAUAUGUUGGCGCCUGUUAUGAAUAUGUCGAGGGGUCGCAAGAUUGGGUUCUACCUCUCGCAUGAUUAUGGGGUUAACCCGUCGGUGGUUACGGCGCAGGCUUUGGUUCCUCAGCUCAAGGGAGGCGACUAUCUGCUGUACCACGCUUUCAAGAUGUACAAGCUCAAUCCGGAGCUACACUGGGCAGCCGGGGAGUACAUCUGGCCCUCCGAACGACUCGUCGAGUUCUUCAGCGAGGACAUCGAGACGAGUCCAACCCUCAAGUCCGCACCCCCACGGAUCCCGAUACCCUACGGCGGGCCCAGCAUCGCACCAGGUAUGCGCCCCGGCACUGUUCCGCCCCCGCCCUUCCCGUACGGCUCCCCGCAACAGCAUCACCAGUUCGGGCAGGAACACGACCCCUUAAGGUCCAAGGUGGAGGAAUCGGGUGGACAGCUGUUUGCGGAUGCUGGUGUUACUGUUCUGACGGAUUGGAAUAACCCAGCGUCGGCGAAUGGGGCGGUUGAGAGGGUACCUUUCAUCUCCCACGGUGAAUUGAAGAAGUUUGUUGUGAAUGUCUUGAUGGUUGUUUACGUCCCAUGAUGUUUUGUUCGCUUUACUCAGGUUGUACUUUUAGUUGUUGUAUUCAAUCAAGGAUGUUUUGCU